AUCUCGUAAUGUAUUCUAUGAUCGUUCGAUAGCAAUGACGACAGUCACCUUUAUAUCAAUUUAAUAGUACGAAAUAGUUUAUUUUUUUUAAGUGGACAACCAUUGAGUCUUGUAGUUAACAGAUUAUACAUUCACUCACGAUGUCUGUUGCAGAAUUUUUGAAAGGCCUCCCUUCACAUAAUGAGAACAACUUUGCAAAUUUUCAUACUGACAAUGGGAACCGGACGUGUGUUAAGAGACCAUCUGUCUAUCUUCCUACCAAGGAUUAUCCUUCAGAGCAAAUUAUAGUUACUGAGAAAACUACCAUCUUACUAAGGUAUCUUCAUCAACAAUGGGAUAAAAAAAAUGCUGAUAGGAAAAGGGAAUUUUUAUCCACUAAUGGUGAUUCACAAGAUGAUGGAUCUACAGUACGCAGUAAAAGGCCACGACUUGACUUGAACAAUACUCUUUGAAAUAUUACACAUUUUUCGUAUGGAUAUAUAUUCUUGAAUAAUCAGCAUUUAUAUACAGUUUAAAUCAGUUAUUUGAGGAAAAUGUUAUUUAUGACACAUUGGACAAAUAUAUGAAAGUAAAGCGUA